CGGCGGCGCGAGAGGUGAGUCCGGCGGGGUGGUGCCCCGGCCGGGCUUCGGGGCCGCGCGGAGUUGAAGAGUUGGCUCUGGAGAGUGGUAAAUCCAAGGGGACCGCAGGCAGCUGGGGCCAUGGCCUCCGACCUGGACUUCUCCCCUCCUGAGGUGCCUGAACCCACGUUCCUGGAGAACCUGCUGCGAUAUGGACUCUUCCUGGGGGCCAUCUUCCAGCUCAUCUGUGUGCUGGCCAUCAUCGUACCUGUCCCCAAGUCCCACGAAGCGGAGGCAGAACCAUCCGAGCCCCGAAGUGCAGAGGUGACGAGGAAGCCCAAGGCCACUGCUCCUGCAAACAAGAGACCCAAGAAGGAGGCCAAGAAGAAGCGGUAGAAGAGGCGGCCUGCGGAGCCCAGUGGGCAGGCGAGGGGCUUGGGGGCAGCCCUCCUGGGGCUCAGCGUCCUGUUCCCUCACUUUGUCCUGGGCUCAGGGUCUGAGGUGGCUGGGGAGCUCUCUGACCACAGAGGUCUGGACAAUCAUGACAGUUCCCAGGCCGCGGUGGGCAGACCACCACUUCUUCUUCCUUCUGCUUCCAAGAUGGUUUAGGGCCAAGGGGACUAAAACACCCUGUGAGCAGAGACUGUCUUGGAAGUCUCUUCAGAAGUCGGCUCAGCUCACAGUUAUAUUUUCUCACUUAAUCCUCAUGUGCUGCCUUUAGUCACCCACCUUGUAGAUUUACACUACAUUUUUCAAAUCAUUAUCUAAUGCUGACAGGCCCCGCCCUCUCCCAGUAUCUGUGCCUCGCAGAUCAGAUUUCCUGCUAAUCUGUUCCCUUUGUCUCUGCUUGUGCAGAUGGAACCCGGCCAGGCCUCCCCUGUUUGUUUAGGUCAAGAUGCCAAAGCCACGGCAGUGCUAGUGGUCUCACUAGUGCAACACGUGGGCCUGAAAGAUGCCUGGUGUGAGAGACAGUGGAAGACCCAGCCAGGGUGAUGCCUGGUACUCCUCCGGCAGAUGGAAGGCAUUUGGGUGAAUGAGUGUGUAUUCUUGGGCCCAAACUUCCUGAGAAUCUGAAAUGGGGGAGCGGGGGGGGAGGCUUGUCCAUCUCAGACCAACCUCUUUUCAGCCCAUCACAGCACAUUCAAGGGGUACCUUUUGGCUUCUGUCUCUACCCCCUCCCAACCCCCCAAUUCUUUCAGCCCCCACCAGUGAGGAAAAGUCAUUUGGGGGAAGUAAACGUUAAUAAACGGCCCUGCACGCUGGGCCUCCUGUGUGUUGGC